UCGUUCUUUGCUUUCCUGUGUGGUGUCACGUGAUGCAGGUUAUGCUGAUGCUGGAUCUGCUGUUGAUCCCCGCGUUCAUCCGAACUGACUGUGGGUUCGUGGUGAGCGGACGUGAGGCUCUGUGCGUGCUCCUAUAUCGGCGCGCUUUCCCAUGCCGCCUGAAGGACAUGCGCUUGGUUUUCGGGAUGAGCGAAUCGUGUAUCUGCGAAGCCUUCAACUGGAUGUUGCAUUUUCUAGACUUCAGGCCCAAGUACUGGCAGCGAAUGUUCUACAAUGGGCACAAGAGGAAGCACGCCAUGAAGUUCCAAGGGAAGUUGUCGAUGCUAAACAGCCCUACAGGCCAUCCGUACUGUUUGUACGGAGAUCCGGCGUAUGGACUGAGCAACCACCUUGUCUGUCCUUUUAGCGCGUCAAGUGUCGGCCCUCUAACGCCAGAGAUGGCCGACUUCAACAAGCGUAUGAGCCACUGCCGCGUAACGGUGGAGUGGGGAUUCAAAGAGAUGACCGGCAAGUGGGCCUUUGUGAGCAUGAAGCCGCAGCAGAAAUUCUUGCUAAGCCCUGUCGCCAAGCAGUACCGGGUAGCCACUCUGCUUUCUAACUGGCACUCAUGCAUGAACGGGGGCAACGAGAUUUCGCAAUACUUUGGCGUGGUGCCACCCGCUUUCGAGGAGUACGUGGCGGUGUAG